AUGUCUUUAGUUCCAAAUACAAUUUGCUUAUUUGAUGUUGAUGGUACAUUAACAAAACCAAGAAAUGUAAUUACACCAGAAAUGAAAGAUUUUUUAGCAGGAUUAAGAACCAAAGUUGAAUUAGGUGUUGUUGGUGGUUCAGAUAUUAAUAAGAUUAAAGAACAAUUAGGUGAAAAUUGUAUUAAUGAAUUCCAUUAUCUAUUUGCUGAAAAUGGUUUAUUAUCUUUUAAAGAUGGUUCAUUAUUAGCAACUCAAGAUAUUAAAAAAUUUUUAGGUGAAGAAAAUAUUAAAAAGUUUAUUAACUUUGUUUUACAUUAUAUCGCUGAUCUUGAUAUUCCAAUUAAAAGAGGUACUUUUGUUGAAUUUAGAAAUGGUAUGAUUAAUAUUUCCCCAAUUGGUAGAAAUUGUUCACAACAAGAACGUGAAGAAUUUGAAAAAUAUGACUUGGAACAUAAAAUUAGACCAACAAUGGUAUCAAUUUUAAAAGAGAAAUUCCAAUCAUUAGGAUUACAAUAUUCAAUUGGUGGUCAAAUUAGUUUUGAUGUUUUCCCAAUUGGUUGGGAUAAAACUUAUUGUUUACGUCAUUUACCAGAGGAUAAAUAUAAAACAAUUUACUUUUUUGGUGAUAAAACAUUUGUUGGUGGUAAUGAUUACGAAAUUGCAAAUGAUCCAAGAAUUACAAAAUCAUUCACAGUUACAUCACCAACUGAUACUAAAAAUUUCCUUUCUGAAUUAUUUUAUAAACAAUAA